CUAUUGUCGCGACUCUUCUUCCUUCCUGCCUCCGUCCCCGUCAUUCUUCCUACCAGCUCCUUUGCCACCCUCUUUUGCCACCCAUCGCCCGUCCAGCCCACACAGCACACGUCACCCGAAGGGACCCGAGCGCAGAUCCCUCUUUUGACACUUCCUUUCAUACGUUACAAUAUCCUAGCGUACACCUCAUCCAGACGGGCAGCUUCCCGCCGUCUUCCAUCUCCCAUUCCGGCCUUCAUUUCUUCCUUCCUUCCUACUGCAGCACCAUCUAUGGACCAGCAAUCAUCUUCAUAUCCUCCUUCCUACCAUGUUUCCACCCGUCAAGCUUUCGACUCCCAAGCUUCUUCUCACCACACUCGGGACUACCAGCGGCGGCGAGACGAGCGGCACGCUCAAAGAGACGCGGCAUACGCUGGAGAUGUAGAGCGGCGCGGUACUGAGAAUCCUUAUUGGGACCCAAGAGGCGCACCACCGAAUGUGGGCGUCCAACAACCUCUGUACCUAUCGCGUGCAGGAGAUCGACCGAUAGCGUCACGUACAGGCUCAGGCUCGGGCUCCUUGCCUUCAAGCCACUUGUUAUCAGAUGCCGAGCUAGGUGCGAGUCCAAAUGUAUUCGCAUUACCGAGCAAAGAGGGGGGGUAUCCUGAAGGGUGGACGAAGGAAGACGAAGAGGCGGAAAGGGAAUUUAUGAAGCGAGGCAUGAUUGAUUGGAAUGAGCUGAAAAGUUGGAGAUUCUGGAUAAGGAAAGAAUGGUGGUAUUACUACAUCAUCCUAGCGGUGAUCUGUGUGUUGGUGAUUCUAAUGUCUGUCUACCAUGACGAUAUUGUCAAUUGGAUGAAACCAGCUGCCAAUUGGAUGAAAAACCUUACAGCAGGAUGGGUCAUUCCUAUCGCCGUCUUUUUCGUCAUCUCCUUUCCUCCUCUCUUUGGCCAUGAAAUCGUUGCAAUCCUCGUCGGAGCCGUCUGGGGCCUCUGGAUAGGUUUCGGCAUCACCGCAGCCGGCACCCUCCUCGGUGAAAUUGGAAACUUUUACGCAUUCAAAUAUUGUCUCCGCUCCACAGCUGAAAAGUAUGAGAAGAAUAAUAUUAAUUACGCUUGUUUGGCACAUGUGGUUCGGGAGGGAGGGUUUUUCAUUAUUUUCGUAGCGAGGUUGAGUGCUAUCCCAGGGCAUUUCACGACGGCAGUGUUUGCUACGUGCGGUAUGAACAUUUGGAUCUUCACCCUCGCCGCUAUCCUUUCGUUGCCUAAACAGCUCAUCGUAGUCUACCUCGGUGUCAUGUUCGAUUCUGAAGAAAAGAGUACAAAGGAAAAAUGGAUAUCCCAUGGUGUCCUUAUCUUUGGGUUUAUCAUCACACUCUGGUCAGCAUGGUACAUCUGGCGUAAAAUGCAACAAGCCCGCCUAAUCGUAUGGCGUCGCCGCCGGAUUGAAGCAGCUGCGCAAGGGUUAGUGCUUGAUCCAAUCACUCUGACCGCUCGGCCUAGUAGCCAUGCUGGAGGUCGUGUCGGAGAAAGCGGUGUACGUUCAUCUGGAUGUGACAGGGAUGGGAACGGGGAGGAUGGGUAUAAAGAAUGGGAACGGGUAGUUCCCACGAUGGGACGGAAUGGGGAUGGGGAGGAUGAAGCGCAGAGUCCUAUUUUGAGAGAGCAUAGGAGAGAUGAGAGAGAAGGAAGAGUGGGGUAUGGAGGGUUGGGCGUCCCCGGCGGCAGUGGUGGUGCGGGUGCGGAUGCAGGGAGACAUCAGAGUUAUCAGAAUCCUUAUGAUAUCAGGUACCAAAACGCCGAUGAAAUGUCUGUAUAUGACGUCGACGUGAAUGGUCCACCGGUACAUGCUGCGGGUGAGCGCGAUAUAACGUAUGGGUAUGGGUAUCGACCGGCUGUGUCUUCCGAGACGUUUUUGCCACCGCAGCAGCAGAUAUCGGUGCAACGCCCACCCCAACUCCAGCAUCAGCCUCCAGAGAAGCAGUCGUCAAUUCUUUUUGUUCCACCCUACUCCCAUUCGCAAUCACAAUCUCACCCACAAAUCCAUUCACAAUCACGAUCACAAUCACACCUACAUUCCCCAUCAAACUCCCAACCCGAAGGAACAGUCGUCUAUUUCCCUGAAGCACAUUCGACAGGGAUCGAAUCUACUCCCGACGGGAACCUCGGACUGGCAGGCCAGUCAGAAACUACGGUUCAUCGAUCGGCGACCAAGGCAACAGUGUACGCCAAGGAAGAGGGAAGUGUGGCUUUUCCCAAACCGAAGCCAAAUCGGAUAUGAGAACCUGUGGCUUUUUCAAGCUGGACAUUUGAACGAAACAUGAUGAAAUUCAGAAACGAAAGAGGGUAAAUGGAAUGAAAAAAUAUGAUUUUUUUCUGAUGACUUCCCAAGACGGGCCGCUUGAUGCGAUGCUGUAAUGCGAUUAGAUUUAUGAUGUAUGUUGUGACUUGUU